AUGUCGACGUGCAGUGGUGGCAGUGGUGGCUCUACACAAGAACGAGUAGAAGAGUCUGUGACUACCGUAUAUAAUGGUGACAGGACAGUAGUGCCUUCCAACCAGCGAGUGUCGCCACCAUCCUCGUCUUUUAGCGACAGUGGAUUGGACAAUUCCAACACCGAAUCGUCCGCCGGUGACACUAAACUAAUUAUAGACGUGCCCGACUUUUCCAAAAGUAAUUUUUCAUGAUAUUAAGUAUAUAGAGUAUACACUAUAUUUCGUUAAAAACAUUUUAUAUUAUACGCGAAUUGGUUGUGAAAUCGAUAUUACACAGUUGGUUGUAUUACCUACCCGGCUUUGACCGUGCAUUGAAUGACAAAAAAAAUAAAAUUAGUUCUUUCCUCGUUUAACCAAUGGUUAACAGAAUUAAACAGGAAAAGUGCAAUUUUCUUUGUGUCCUAUUUUAGGGGUUAGAUUUUCCAUUCAAACCACUUUCUAAACACCUUUGGAACUAAUAAGAACAAAACUUUGAAAUUUUCAAGGAAAUCGAUUAGGUAGUUGUUUGAGUCUAUAAACAGUAUAAACCACAAACAUAUAUGCACACUGCACAUUCAUUAUCUUUUAUAUUUAUUUAUAUACCUGCAUACAAUAUUAUGGCGUUAAUAUAAAUUUUCCUCAUUUGGCGGAGGAUUUUUUUUUUUUUUUUUACGAUUUACCUAUACCGAGUUUUUGAACAUUUUGAAAAGUUAAUUUUAUAACAAUCAAUAAAGUUUUAUCAAUGAAAUAGUAAACGGUACUAAAAAAUUAUAAUCUAUACAUUUUAUUGAAAAUAUUCGAGUCGUUAAAGUAUACCGACAGUAUUUAUUUUUUGUAACAUACGAUAUAAAUUAUAUUUAUUACAUUAUAUGUUUAUAAUAUUUAUAAUAUUUUCGUAAUAAAAUAUUACGAAGUAUAAUAAUAAAUUAUAUAAAAUUAAAAAUCCACAAAAACAAUAGGUACCUAAUUAUUAAAUUUAAAUAUAUACCGCUACGGUCAGCACAGUAGGAUAGCACUGUUUAGUACAAAACGCCGAACACCUAUCUAUACACAUUACUAAACUAUCUUAAAUUAAUAAUAUUUGUCAAAAUGGUAUAAUAGGUAUACUUAUUAAAAGUGCGCUAUGCAAACGCCAUAAAUCGAUCUAUUUUUUAUUUUAUUUUUUGUAUUCUGUAGAAAUGGAAACGCCUCGCACGGGUAUUGAUAACCCGAGCUUUGAGACUGAUAAAACUGAUGUACCAAAAUCUUUGACUAACGGACAUAAUGGCACCGUUAAUCAAGAAAACGGUAGACACGAAAAGGACAAAAUGGCCGAAGCUGUGAACUUAGAAUUAAUCAAUAUGAAACCGUUCGCUAACGGCAAGGAAAACGGGGUUCCCACGAAAAAAAAAGAAACCACCGUCAAUAUGAACGAUACGUACGACGACUAUUUUAUCCCAGUGAACGAACACAAAAAAUACAUUAGGUUGAUAUAUUAUUUCGAUUCGAUUAACAAUUUUACUAUAUAAAUAUACGUAAUUCAAUUUAUUGAUUUUUUCUGCAAUUGUAUGAUUAAUAUUGUAGGGGUGGAGAAAAACUGUACGUAACCAAAGAUAAACGGGAUGUUAACCAAUCUAAGAAACCGUUUAUAUGUUGGGUAUUUGGAUUAGUAUUAUUAGCGGCCGCGGUCGUUAUUGCUAUAUUAGCAUCCAGUAAGUAUCUACAUGUCGUUAAUGUUAAAUCAAACAUUAUUGUUAAUCACGAGUGAUAUUUUUAGCUGGUGUUAUAUUUAAUAACGAGACAGCAGUUGAGAGUCGGAAUUUCGAAAACGAAAAAGUCGCCGGUUUCGGCGGUAAUCUCAAUAUCGUACAAUACUCCUCGGUCAGCCCACCACCUAGCGUAGACAAUUCGAGUCCUUUCGGCCUACCGACAACCGACAUGUCCGAAGUUUACGUACCUAGAACUGUGCAAGGGGAAGUUGUUAUCGACAAUUUACAAUUCACACCCGGCAUGGCAGAUAAAUCUUCAUCGGAAUUUCAAUCACUAGCUCGUUCGAUUGAGAGCGAGGUAAAAUUCAAUCCAAUUAAGUUCUGACCAAAAAUGUUAACCAUUUUAUAUCAUGCUAUUUAUUUUUUUAAAUUUUUUUUUUAUAGCUUAAAAAGGCUCUAUUCGAAGAACAGACAUUGAACGGUCGUUCAAGGUAUUCUUCGGACGCAAUACAUGUUAAAGUCGUUGAAUUUGCGUGAGUAUUACUUUACCAAUAAUUAUGUUUUAAUACAUAAUUAGUAAUUUUCAAUUGUUUUAUUUUGCAGUUCUGGUAGUGUAGUAUCUAAAUAUAGAAUAGGUUGGGAAUAUAAAGAUGGUAAUGAACCGCAGGAUCUUAUUGACGUAGACACUCUAAUAUCUCGAUUGGAUACUUACAUACGAAAAAAUAAUGGAUUUGUGUACAAUUAUAGAAUUCCUAUCCAUAGAUUGCGUUCAGACCGUAAGUAUUACUAGAUUAUUUGGUAUAUAUGUGUAAAUAAAAUUAUGAUACCCAUUUGAAAUUACAGCUGUUGUGGAUAAAUGCAAAACCAAUAACGGAAAUUGUUCUCAUUACUGUUCUUAUGAUUACACAAGUUUAGAUUUUGUAUGUUCGUGUCCGUCAGAAUUAAUUUUAAGUCAAAAUAUGAAAGACUGCCAGCGAAGAAUUAGUAAAUUCAUUUAUUUUAAAAUCUAGUGUUUAAACUUGUUAAUUUAUUUGAAUUUACUUUUAGGCAAUAAUAAUGACGAAGUAGAUGAUUUCGCGUUCUCUAAUAAUAAUGAACAUAAACCAGAAUCAGAACCAAAAGUAAAAUCUGUGUUUGAUGAUAAUCCAGAACUUGAAGUUCAGACAGAGUCUGUACCUAAUUCAGAACCAGAAGCUAAAGUUGAACCUGAGCCGAGUUCAGAACCAGAAACCAAAGUUGAACCAGAGCCUAGUUCAGAACCAGAAGCCAAAGUUGAACCAGAACCUAGUUCAGAACCAGAAUCAAAAGUUGAACCAGAACCCAGUUCAGAACCAGAAGCCAAAGUUGAACCAGAGCCCAGUUCAGAACCAGAAGCAAAAGUUGCACCAGAGCCUAGUUCAGAACCAGAAGCCAAAGUUGAACCAGAGCCCAGUUCAGAACCAGAAGCCAAAGUUGAGCCAGAGCCUAGUUCAGAACCAGAAACCAAAGUUGUACCAGAGCUUAGUUCAGAACCAGAAUCCAAAAGUGAACCAGAGCCUAGUUCAGAGCCAGAAGCUAAAAGUGAACCAGAGCCUAGUUCAGUGUUUCAAAUAAAAACAGGAUCUGAACAUGAUUCAGCGCUAGAAGACAAAAUAGUGCCUGAACCUACUUCAGAACCUGAAGCCAAACCUAAUUCGGAGCUUGAGGAUAAGCCAUUACUUGAACCUAAACCAGAAGUAACACCAGAACCAGAACCUAGUCCAGAACCUGAAGCUAAAUCUAAUUCAAAUUUUGAGGUAAAGGCAAUAACCGAACCUAAACCAGAACCUGAAGUAACAUCAGAACCAGAAUCUAGUUCUGUACGCGAAUCUAUGGUCGAGCCAGAACCUGCAAGUAAUAUAAUACCAGACCUUAGUUUAGUAUAUGAAAGUAAAAUAGAACCAGAAUCCAGCCCAGAGCCCGAAAAUAAAACAGAGACAGAUGUUCGUUUAACACCUGAAACUAAAUCAGAAAUUGAAACUAGUUCUGAACAUGAAUUAAAACUAGAUUCUGAAUCUAGUGUGGAAUCUGAGUUAAAAUCUCAGCCUGAACCUAGUCCUAAAUUUGAAUCUGAGUCUAAUGUAAACCUGAAUCCUGUACCAAGUUCAACAGAAAGUUAUGAAUCUUUGUCAGAUGUCGAUAUUAGUUCUGACUCUGAAGAACAAAAUGUUAAAUUACCUUCUUCAACUGACAAGUCAGUUUUAAAUAAGGACCAAUCUGAUAGAGAAGCAAAAUCACAUUCUGAUGAAGUUUUUAGUCAUGAAAUAAAACCUGAAGUAACUUAUGCAACAGAGUCUGAAUUUGAAACUAAAACUGAGAUGGUGUCUGAAGAAAGUACUAAAUCAAAAGAAAUUAAUGAUUUUUCAUUGGUAGAUAUGGUUACAAAUAAUUCUGAAGAAUACACUACAUUACCAACAAUAACUGAAAAUUGGUUGACUACUACAUUAUCUAGUGUUCGAAGUUUGCCUAAAUUACCUAGUGAUUUAGAAGAGAAUUAUAACAAUAAUAGUGAUAUGGAAGAGGAAAUGAAAACAGAAUCUUAUACUUCCUCAGGUAUUGAACAAAUCGAAUUAAAAUCCGAAAAUAAAUCAACCGAUUUAAUCUCAGACGCCCAUAAUAUGAACUCAUCUGAAACAGCAACAGAAUGGCCAGAAAAGUCUACUUCAGAAGAAUUAAAAGAUAUUUCAAGUAUUGAAAAUGCUUCAUCGACCAGUGAAAGUUCAACUAGCAAUGAAGACAUGAGUUUUACUUCCAAAGACUUUGAAAAUAUUUCGAAAGAACCCAUCAUAGAAUUAGUUGAAUCGACUACUAUUAUGCAGCCAAAUAUAGAACAAGAAUCAACCAAAGAACUGCCUAGUUCAGUAGAUUUAAAUUCAUCAGACACAAAUCAUUCAGAUGAUCUGUCAUCUUUAGAAAAGAGUAACAUGCCCGAUCCUUCUAAAAAGUUACAAUCAUUAACAUCAAUGGAAGAACAAAUAACUAAUUUACCUCAUUCUGAUAUUAUAAGUACAUCUACAACAAGCAAUUAUGAUAAUUUUAAUGAAAAUAUUUCAGCCAACGAAAAAGAUCUGUUAGAUCAAAUUAUUACUCAGGUUAGCAAACAAAACAUUGCAGAUGAUGUAAAUGAAAAUGAGAAGAGCAGUGCUUUGGAUCUUUAUCAGAUAAAAAAAAAAGAAAAGAAAACUAACAAGAAUCCUGACUUUUAUCUAUCUGAUGGUGGAUUCACAAAAAGAAAUAAAACAAAAAUAGAAAAGGAAAAAGAGAAUAAAAAAACUAACAAAUCCGAUUUAACAGAUGAAAUGCAAGACUUAUCAUAUUUAAGUAAAUGUGAAGAAAAACAGUUCCAAUGUGUAAAUGGUACGACUAAAGAUGGUUCAUAUUGUAUACAAAUUUCUUCAAGAUGUGAUACAAAUAAAGAUUGCAGUGAUAACUCUGAUGAAUCUGACUGUUCUGAAAACGAAUGUUCUGGAAAUUUCCAAGUAAUAAUAUAUUGUAUUCAUAAUUUUGUGCUAAAAUUAACCAAUUGAUUUGUUUACAGUGUAAAAGCGGAGAAUGUUUACAAAGGAAUUUGGUCUGCAAUAAUAUAAUUGAUUGUGCAGAUGGUAGUGAUGAACAAUCUUGUGGUUUGUAUAUAAUAACUUCUAAGAUUUAAUAUUCAUAUUUAUUUAAUUAUAUAGGUGUCUAACUUAGUGGUUUUUUUAUUCAUGUAUUAGAUGUAUGGAAGUGCGGCAAUGGUGAGAAACAGUGUGCUGGUGGACAAUGUUUACCAGAUUCCUAUUUUUGCGAUGGGAAAUCUGACUGUAAUGAUCAUUCAGAUGAACUUCAAUGCAAUAGUAAUACAUUAAACUGCCUGAGUAAAAUAAUAAAUCAGAUUUAUUUUAAACCUUUUAUUUUUUUAGAUACUUGUAAUGAUUAUCAAUGUCCCAAUGGUUACUGUAUUUCGAGUACUUUACGCUGCAACAAUGUGAAUGAUUGCCCCGGUGGUGAGGACGAACAAAACUGUGGUAUGUAGACUUACAGGUUAAUCAUAAUAUAUCAUCAAUGUAUUAAUAAUGUGAAUUAUAUAAUUUGAAAUACUGACUAUAUUAAAUAAAGCUAUAUUAUUAAAUGGUGUAUAAUCAUAUAAAAUUUGAAAAAUGGUGGAGUUUCUGAUUUCAACUAUUAGACAUAUUAAUUUAAAAUUAUAGAAUGUGUAAAUAUGACCAAAUUUGAUUAGAAAAAAAGACUAAAUAUAUUUAAUAUAUUUUAUGAUUUAUUUUUAGAAUGUAAUGCCAAUGAGUUUAAAUGUAAUACGGGGUCAGAAUGUAUUCCACAAACACAAGUCUGUGACAAUGUAGCUCAGUGUACAGACAGAAGUGAUGAAUGGAAAUGUAUUCAAUUGGAUGGCACUCAAUUUCUUGCAAAGUAUGUGAUUGGCAUGACUUUUAUUAUUGAGUCUUAUUAUUUAUAAUAUAUAUUUAUGUUUACAGAAAAGAAGGUGAAACUGCCAUGAAAGUAUGUAACACCAAUUGGUCCGAUGAGUGGAGCAACUUUGUGUGUCAAAGCCUCGGAUUUACCGAAGUGAAGAUGACCAGUUUCAAAUCAAGUGAACCGAAUGAUAACUCUACAAGUUAUCUUAAGUUAAAAGAUGAUUCAAAUUUAAAUAACUCAAAGAGUCUGACUGGGUUUUUUGAAUCGACCAAAACUCCUUGUGAAACUUUAGAAAUAAAAUGCUCUUCUAAACAUUGUAAGAUUCAGUUAACUGUAAUAUAUAAAUUCUGGCAUAGAUAUGUGUAUGUUUUUAUUUUAUUUUAUAGUUUGUGGUGAUUUUGGUGGUAAAGACCCGUUUUCAAUGGAAAUGUGGCCAUCCGUUGUCUACCUCCAAAACACAAAAACCCACAAGUCGUGUACAUCUAGUCUUGUGAAACGUAAUUGGCUAUUAUCAUCUUAUAGUUGUGUACAUGGAAUGUAAGUGCUUAUUUUUAUAAAACAUUACACUUAAUCAAUAAUUAUUCUUAUUAAAAUUGUUAUGAUUAUUGAUUUAGUGACGAAUCUCUAUCGUCUGAUCAGUGGGAAGCAGUUUCAAGUAAAUCUCGUGUAGCCAAUGAAUCAAACUUAACAAGAAUAUUGGUAUCAAGGUUUAUUAGCCACCCCGGAGUAAAAUAUGAAAAAUUACGUUAUUUCAAUGACACUGUAUUGGUCGAACUUAGCUCAUCAUUUAAUUUAUCAGAUGAAGUAAACACCAUUUGUCUACCUGAAAAAGAUGUCGAUGAUAAACAACCAUGUGUCACUACAAGUUGGUCUUACGAGUCCCCGGGAGGUAUGUUUAAAAUUUAUAAUUUUCAAGUUAAAAAUUAUAAUAUUGUGAAAUGGAUAUUCAAACAUGUUUCAAUUGCCUUAUAUUCUAACAAUAAUGUUAAUUUAUAAACUUAAUUUUUUUUAGUUUUCAAGCAAUUCUCACGCUAUUUGUCGGAUCCAUUAAUGCAAAAAGAUUUGUGUAACUCAACAAACAAUUUUAAUGGUUAUUUGACAGAACAAGAAAUUUGCGUUGCUUCGGGAGAAAUAGAAGCUAAUAAUGUAAGUAUCUAUGUUUAUUCUAUAUAUGGUAUUAAUGUAAUAAAAACAGUUUAUUUAAUUGGGAAUCAGAUAGAUUCUAUAGAAAUAGAUACAAUAAAGAUAUAUUACCUCAAAUUUAUGUUACUCUUGUAGUUUAUGUUUUUCUAAUAUUUAUCUAGUUUGAUUUAUGUUUAAGAACAAAUUUUAAUUUUUUACCUGAGUAAUUUAAUAACUUUGAAAUAAAGUGUGUGACCAUUAAUUAAGGUUAUGACUCAGGAGUAGUGUAAUAAUUCAGUAAGUUAAUUAAAUUGAUUAAUAUAAAAUAUUGAACUUUAAAUUAAAAUACAUUUAAGAUGUUAUAAUUAUAAAUUCUUUGAAAAAAAAAGGACAUACUUUGCACGAUGGGUGGACCACUGUAAUAGGUGAGAAGUUGGAAAGCUAAAAUAUGGAGAAGAAUUUAAUGUAUAUCUGUAUGCAACGAUUAAUCACUGCUAACGAAAAACGAUUCUGAGCGGAGUUCGGUAUUACGUGUUUUAAAAAGUUGUUAUGUUAACGAUUUUCGUCAAAAUUCUAUAUUAAAAUUCACGUUAUAAAAACAUAUAAUACAUUAAUCUCAACUUUUCCUUGUUGACCACUAAAUAUAAUUUAUAAUGAACCAGCUGUUAAAUUUUCAAGCAUUUUUGUUUGGUCUAAUAAUUUUAUUCAUAAAUUACUUACCGAAUAAAAAUUAUGUAAAAACCUUGCAAAAUUAAAAUGUCUAUAAAUAAAUGAAAAAUGGCCCAAAUGUUACCCAAACCUAACCUAAUCUUAAUAGUUUUACCACGUCUGUAAACGGUAAAUAUAAGUUUUCUGUCUAAAUUUAAAGUUUCUACAAACAUUUUUAACUAGAUUGCAACAAAAAAAAAACGAAAUUGAAAAUAAUAAGAGCAUUUUUUUUUAAAUUUUUCCGUUUCCCUUGAUUUUUCCCAAACAUUGUGAAAACCGUUUAGAAAAUCAAAAAAUUUAAAAAUGAAAAGUACCAAAUAGAUACAAUUUAUUUUCAGGAAAAGUGCUACAUUUAAAAAUUGGAGUAAGAUUUCUAGUAGACAUUUUGUACACAGUAUAAAAAAAUAUCUCACGUCACUCAUAAUCUUAAUCUAAUGUAAAUAUCGAAUUCAUCAUCAUCAGAUAAUAUCUUACAACAAAAAUAUUAAUCUAAUGUGUCCGUUCUAACAAAAAAAAAAAAUAAUAAUAAUAAAUAAAAAAUGAAUAAAAGACGAUUAAAUUAAAAACCGUCUCCAAUUUUUAUCUAUAUUUAAUCAUUAUGCUAAUCCAACAAGACUUUUAUUUUUUCUCCCUCUUUUUUAAACUAACUAGACUGCACAGAAGCGAGCCUCUAUUAUUGUACAAUAAUUUGUUCGUUUUUAUUUUUUAAUGAAUUGAAAUAUAUUAAUACUCGCUCCUAAAGACAUUAAUUAAAUUUUUUUUUUUCUGAAAAUAUCUAGAGAACUUUUUUAAUAUAGAAACAUUUUUAGAGUGUUGUUUAAUUUGGCAAAUGUACGUCGUAACUAUAUGGUGCAUGGUUUAAAAUAAAUGCAUUUUUAUUUUUUCAAGGAUGGUGAGGUAAAUUUGUAUCCAACUAAAAUUCGAUUUUCAUUUUUUUUAUUUGUGUUAAUCAAAAACGAAUAGUUAUUAAUAACUGAAAUAUAUAUAUAUCCAAUAUCUGGAAACUAUUGCACAAAAAUACACUACGUAUAAUUUAAUCAUAGGCGUGCGUACGAGUGCACCCGAGACUUUUUUUUGCUUGGUACCUAGAUACUUAGGUAAAAAAAGUCAAUAACUCAAUUUUUUGGAAAACUAUACAUUUUUAUAUCAAAUUCAUCAUAUAAAUUAGUCAGUCAAUUAUGGUCACGAUGUAUCUUCUCUACAUCGUGAUUAUGGUCAUAGAAUAUAGAGUAAUAAUAAUCAUAAUAAUAAUAUUAUUAUCAGUUGCGGCUCUAUAGUUUUUAUUAUAUUAUCUGUUUUAUAUUUUUGUUGUUGAAUUUUUGACAAUUAAUCAUGUAUAAACAUGUAUAUAGUUAUUAGUUAUAUACCAACUUCUUUGUUUAAAGUAUUCUUGUACUUGAAUAUUUUAAUAGCAAAAGAAUGAAGAUUAAUUACAUUAAAUAAUAGUUAUAUUGUACUGUAUAAUUAGUUUUCAUAAUACAUUUUUUUUCUACUUAUCCAUAUUUUAUAUUUAUAAUAUUUUGGUGGGAGGGGGAUUAUGUGAGGGUAUCGGUGGACAAAAAAAAAAAAUAAAAGUCACACCUGAAAUCCGAGACUAUGUACGUCUAUGAGUACCUAUACAUUAUUAGUAUACCUAUACCUAUAUUAUUAUUAUAAUCUAUAUACGUCAUAAUUUUAAACAAUGCUGACUAUUACAAUGAGUUUAAUUGGUCAUAAAAGUCAUGUCAAUAUUAACUUUUAAUUUAGCUUUUAACCUUUUAAUUUUAUUAACCAAACUUAUUUAUUUUUCAUUAACUUAAUAAUUAAACGAGUUAAUUUGUAAUUAUGUCAUGUUAAGUUAGUUACCUACAUUUUUUUUUUUUUAAUUUUAACAUAAUUUAUAAUAAAUUCACAAUUUAUUAACUAACUUGAAUGGGUACAAUUAUGACAUCAACAAUAAUUUGUUUUAUAUAUUUUAACUACUCAAUAAGGUGUAUGGAAAUACGCGCUUAAAAUAAAUGUUUUCAUAUUCCUGGUAUAAACCCUACGUGUAAUUAUUGUUUGUCGUUAUUUUCAAAAGUAUCAAUCAAAAUGAAAUCUUCAAAUUAAAUAUUCUACACACAACAUUAACGACUUAAAAUAAAAACCUACAAGAAAAUAGUCAAUUUAAUUUUCAAGUUAACAGUGUUAACGUAUUAUCUGGUUAAUUUGUUUUCAAUUAAACUAACUGAACUUAGUUAAUAAUAUGUAUUAACUUACCAGUCGUAGUAGUAAGUUUCACGAAUUGAUAUUAUAAUAUCAACUACUUUUUUUUUUUUUACUUAUCGUUUCUAUAAUCGCGGUAUUCAUAAUGACCUUGCGUCCAAACGCUAUAGAGCAUAAUAUUAUUAUAAUGACCAUAGUUUCCACCACGCAAUACCAAAUACACAUUUAAUAGAACGGUUGGGGCUGUAUUUAGACGUGUACCUCAUGGGUAAUGGAAUGCAUUUUAAAAUAUUUGUUAGUAUUUUCUUUAAAUAUUCAUUAUAAUAAUAAAUGUUUACAAAAUAUUUUACUGUAUGCAACACAAUUUAUUGAGGGAUGAUUUCUAUUCAUUCUGUAUUAACAAUUUUUUUAAAAAAAAAACCAAUUUGAACGUGCGCAAUGAUAAAGUGGAACAAUAAUAUCAUUAAAAUCCACUGGAGGAACUGCGAUCGUUUUUCUAAACACCUUAAUUGUCAUAAAAAUAUCAAUGGUAUUUUGUUAAAGGACGUAUACUACUAAAAAUCAAAAAAUACGUUUUUGGUGUCAACAAAAUGAGAAAAAUUUAGAGCAUAUACUGGUAAAGGGGCGUAUUUAAAUACAAAAAAUUAAGUUGAUAAUGCUGUUAUCUAAAAGAUAUCUAGGAGUCCUUUUAAAAUAUUAUUAAAUUACCACUAAUUUGUUAAAAGGAUGUAUGUGGUAUACGUUCACAUAAAGUAUACAUUCAAUGCAUGUAUACUUUGUGUACAAUGUAUAUAAUAUAUACGAGUAAUUUUAUUGUCUUCCAUGUUAAAUGUCAUUAAAAACUGUUUUUCUUUGCAAAAAUUUUUUUUUGCUUCCUGAAAAAAAGUGUUUUAGUGGCAUACGCCCUUUUAAUAAAAUAACGUCGAUAUGAUAAGACCAAUAAACACGGCGUAUUGUUUACAUCGUUAUUGUUUCGUUUUUUCCCGCCCGUCAUCUAUAAAUACUCAAAUCAUCUACUAAAUAAUAAAAUAUACAGGACCUACCUACAUCGGUAACUAUAUGAGUUUUAAUCGGGCUAGCCCUUUCAAGUUUCCACCCUUCCCAACUUUAGUCGUGAUUCAUCUCAUUUCAUUCGUAGUAAAGAUUACUCAUUACACAUCACACCAUUACAUCUGUAAUAUCCAUAUAAUGCUUACAAAUAUAAUUAUAUAAUGAGCUUAUGGGCGGGGGGGGGGGUUUGGAGAGGUCAGCGAACACUGCGUGUAUCAGUAAGUUGUUGACAUAAUUUACCAAUCUAUUUUGUCAUAAUCUCCCGUAUUCAACUACAUAGAUGUGAAUUAUAUUUUGUUUUCGUGUUUUCAGAUGGAAAUCGGAUCGCCAUUAAUGUGUCUGGCGGAGAAUGGACUUUGGCAACUACAAGGCAUGCUCAGUUACCGGGGCGGUUAUGGCCGGUCGUCUAAACCGUCGCUCUACAACGCCAUCGUAGACUCGGUGCCAUGGGCAGAAAACACCAUAGCGUCGGGAAUUUAA